AGGAAGCCCAAGAGGAAGAGGAGGUUCAGGAAGAGGAAAAGCCGAGACCCAAACUCACUGCUCCUAAGAUCCCAGAAGGGGAGAAGGUGGACUUCGAUGACAUCCAGAAGAAACGCCAGAACAAAGACCUCAUGGAGCUCCAGGCCCUCAUCGACAGCCAUUUCGAAGCCCGGAAGAAGGAGGAAGAGGAGCUGAUAGCUCUCAAAGAGAGAAUCGAGAAGCGACGUGCAGAGAGAGCAGAGCAGCAGAGGAUUCGUGCAGAGAAGGAGAGGGAGCGCCAGAACAGACUGGCGGAGGAAAAAGCCAGAAGGGAGGAGGAGGACGCCAAGAGGAGGGCAGAGGACGACCUGAAGAAGAAGAAGGCCCUGUCUUCCAUGGGAGCCAACUACAGCAGCUACCUGGCCAAGGCUGACCAGAAGAGAGGCAAGAAGCAGACGGCACGCGAAAUGAAGAAGAAGAUUCUGGCCGAGAGACGCAAGCCACUCAACAUCGACCACCUCAGUGAGGACAAGCUGAGGGACAAGGCCAAGGAGCUCUGGGAUACCCUGUACCAGCUGGAGACCGACAAGUUUGAGUUUGGGGAGAAGCUGAAACGCCAGAAAUAUGAUAUCACCACGCUCAGGAGCCGCAUCGACCAGGCCCAGAAGCACAGCAAGAAGGCUGGGACCCCAGCCAAGGGCAAAGUCGGCGGGCGCUGGAAAUAGACAGGCCAGCAAGGCCCCUCGAGGCAGAGACCCUCCACCCUCGCGCACAUGGGAGUCGCUCGUGGGACUCUGCAUCCUCCGACCCCCACCAACCCAUCAGGGGUUCCCUGACAAUCCUGGGGCUGGAGAGGCCACCCCGGAGCCCUGCCUGAAUCCCUGUCCUUGCUGCCUCCAUCCGCUGGGACCUGUGAAUAAAGUUGCAGAUCCCCCUCCA